CGGAGUCGCGGCCUGCAGGACGUCUGCUGCCGCCCCCAGUCCCCCCCAGGGCCCGACCGUCCCGUCCGCGGCUCCCCCAGGCCAUGCACGCCCUCGUGUUCUGGCUGCCCAGCGCACUCUGGCUGCAGGGUGAGUGCCCCAGGUGCCCGUCGGGUCCGAGGGAGCUGCCAUCGGGGGCGCCGCGCCUGGGCGGGGUGGGCUCGCUAGGACCCGGGCGCCCUGGGGAUAAGUUCAGCAGGGGCUGGGGCUGGGGUGGCCUGGCGGACAGAACCCUCAAAAGGACUGUAAGAGGGCGCCAGCUCGCCGGGCGUUUCCCUGAGCGCGUCGCGGCAUUGGGUGCUUCCAGGCACGGGUUUCAGGCUGGCCGGGGCCCAGCAGCUCCUCCCUGUAUUGACCUGCACCUGGGGGGCUGCCCCCUUGCUCUGGGACCCUCUCGGCCGGCGAGGAAGUGGGAAGGGGUGAACCGUGAAUGGGAAGGAGGAACUGGGGUGCCCUGGGGUGUCUGGUGCCCCACCCCUCUGCACCCUCUGGGGAGGGUCUCUCGCCUGGGGGAGGCUGGGGUGGGCUGCUGGCCCUGGGCUUCCAGAAAGUGGAGCGGGGGUUUCCCGGCCACCUCUGGCUUCUGCGGGUUGCCUCACGGCAAUGCGGAGACGUCAUUCCCGUCUUAAAAGAGGAAGAGAGAACAGCCCCCGGGUCCUGGAACCCCCACGGCCAAUCAGGCGCGGCGACGCUCAAAGGCCCGAAAUCCCAGGUCAGCUCUGCCCCUGGCGGCCGGGCCCUCCCUCCGGCCUUUCCACCCCCAUCCCGCCAGGAGAUGAAAAACGUGUCGACACUGGGUGCCAGCCGGGCGGCCGGACCUGGCUCCGGGGGAAUCAGUGCAGCCUCCGGGAACGGCUGGGGCCAGCUGGGGUCCAGAUCUCGGUCUCCCGGGUCCCGGGACGUGUGUGGGUGGAGCUCGCGGCCACCCCAGUGGGCCCUCUGGCCUGUGCCGGGUCAUGGCGGGGGUAGGGGCUGCCCCGGGGUCCUGGCUGACCCUCCUCUUCCCGCAGUGAUGGCCUUCCGCCCCCCCUUGGCCCACGUGGAGCGGUACGAGGUGGUGCAGCCCCGGCGCCUGCCAGGACCCCGGCCACGCAGAGCGCUGCCCUCGGGCUCGGCCCUGUACCCGGAGAGUGUGAGCUACCAGCUCGAGGUGCAAGGGUCCAGCUUCACUCUGCACCUGCGGAAGAACAGGGACCUGCUGGGCCUGCGCUACACUGAGACCUACACGGCCGCCAACGGCUCGGAGGUCACAGAGCGGCUGCAGGAGCAGGACCACUGCCUCUACCAGGGCCACGUGGAGGGGCACCAGCUCUCUGCCGCCAGCGUCAGCACCUGCGAUGGCCUCAGGGGCUUCUUACAGGUCGGCUCGGCCGUCCACCUGAUCGAGCCCCUGGACGGGGGUGGAGAGGAGGGGCAGCACGCCCUCUACCAGGCGGAGCACCUGCGGCAGAAGGCCGGGACCUGCGGCGUCAGCCACACGAGCCUGGAGGCCGUCCUGGGGCCUCGGAUCGCGGCGGCCUUUAGGCCUCAGCCCCGGAGCCAGCCACUGUCCCGAGAGACCCGCUACGUGGAGCUGUAUGUGGUCACAGACAGGACAGAGUUCUGGCGGGCUGGCGGCCGCGAUGCCGUGCGCAGACGGGUGCUGGAGGUGGUGAACCACGUGGACAAGCUUUACCAGGCGCUCAACUUCCGCGUGGUACUCGUGGGCCUGGAGAUGUGGAAUGACAGGGACAAGUUCGUCAUCAGCGAAACGGCCGAGGUCACCCUGGAUGGAUUCCUGGACUGGCGGGCGACAAACCUGGUCGGCCGGCACCAGCACGACAACGUGCAGCUCAUCACGGGCGUCGAUUUCGCUGGCAGCACUGUGGGGCUGGCCAAGGUGGCCACGAUGUGUGGCCGAGGCUCCGGGGCUGUGAACCAGGACCACAGCGAGAGCCCCGUGGGCGUGGCAUCCACCCUGGCGCACGAGAUGGGCCACAACCUGGGCCUGGACCACGACGACAACAUCCCCGGCUGCUACUGCGCCGUGCCCGGGAGCCAGGGCGGCUGUGUCAUGGCCAGCAGCCUCAGCAUCGUGUUCCCCAAGGCGUUCAGCCGCUGCAGCGUGGGGGACCUGGAGAUGUUCGUGGAGAAGCCCCAGGCCGGCUGCCUGGAGAACGCCCCCGACCCCACGCGGCUGGUUAGCGACCCCGUGUGCGGGAACGGGUUCCUGGAGCGCGGGGAGCAGUGUGACUGCGGCUCGCCCCAGGCGUGCCGGGACCCCUGCUGCAAUGCCACCUCCUGCCGGCUGGCCAAGGGGGCCGAGUGUGCCCACGGCGCCUGCUGCCAUGGCUGCCAGGUGAGGCCGGCUGGCGCACUGUGCCGCCCCGCCAAGGACAGCUGCGACCUGGAGGAGUACUGCGACGGCCGGGGGCCCGUGUGCCCCGAGGACGUCUUCCAGGAGAACGGAUGGCCCUGCCCCGAGGGCUACUGCUACGACGGACGCUGCCCCACUCUGGCCCAGCGCUGCCAGGAACUGUGGGGACCAGGUACGCGGGGCGCUGCAGAGAUCUGCUCCACCUACAGCCUGUCGCUGGGCUGCACCAUCUCAAGCCAGACGCUGGGGGCUGGCCCGAGGACCAACAAAUGCGGGGUCCUGUACUGCGAGGGGGGACAGAAGCCUCUGGAACGGAGGUCCUGCAGCUUCUCCUUGCCCCAGGCCCAUUGCAGCGCUCUCCUCACGGAAACCAGCACCGCGUACGAGGCGGUGCCGGACGGCACCCGGUGUGGGGAGCAGAAGGUCUGCUGGAGAGGACACUGCGAGAACCUCCACGUUUACCGAUCCCAAAACUGCUCCGCCAAGUGCAGCGGCCACGGGGUGUGCAACCACAAGAGCCAGUGCCACUGCCGCCAGGGCUGGGCCCCGCCCCACUGUGCCGAGCUGCUGGGCAACGUGCAGGCAGCGUCCGGGAGCAUGCCGGUGGGUGGGCUGGUGGCUGUGGUGCUCCUGGUGACCAUACUGCUCGUCCUGGCUGCCGCCCUGAUCCUUCGCCGGGCCCGGAGCUGCGACCAGAAGAGGAACGUGGCUCCCAAGACCCAUGUGGGGCGUUCCAACCCCCUGUUUCAUGAUGGGGACAGCAGAGUACCAGAACCCACCGUGGGUCCUCCAAAUCUGGUCUCUGCCACCUCCCCCAGCGGACCCCCCAGAUCCACGGCCUCCUCAGUGACCCCUAAGCGGCCACCCCCUGCUCCCCCGGCCUCCAUGUCCAGCCCACCCUUCCCAGUCCCCGUCUACACCCAGCAGACGCCAAAGCGGUUCAGACCUGCACCGCCCACCAAGCCGCUCCCGGAGCUGAAGCCCAAGCAGGUCGUCAGGCCCGCCUUCGCGCCCCCGGUGCCUCCCGGGAAGCCUGGAGCUGGAGGGUCCGCGGCUGCUCCGUCACAGGUUGUUGGCCCAAAGGUGGCCCUGAAACCCCCUGUCUGAGGAGGUGACCGGGAGCCCCCCAAGCGCUGGUGCGGGGGCAUCUGCCAGUCUGUCUGGAAGCUGCCUGCUGUUCUGUGGAAAGACUCCCUGCCUGGCCGCAGUGUCCCCUCCCCUGGUCCAUUGUGAGAGCUGAGAAGUCCCAACUCCCCAGGCCCCAGGCCACAGCCCAGAGGCUCUCAGCUCAGGACACGGGGCUGGGCCUUCCCUGCCGCUCCACCCUCAGGAAUGCAUUCGCCCCGGGCUCUCCAGCCCCUCCCGGCCAUCCCCUCCUCGGCAGUGUGGUCACGUCCAGCCGCGUGGUCUCCAGGAGGGGAUGGCCGUGGUCUGGUUGGGGGGUGGGUGUACAGAAAGCCACUGGCCUUCCCUGGCCUGCUUGGGGGGCGAGGGACGCUUGGCUCCUCCAGGCUGCUCUGCUCCUGCCCUCAGGCCUCCUGGCUGCUUCAGGGGCCUUCUCCUUCCGGGCAGAAGGGCCAGCCUUGGCACGUGUUUACACUGCGUAUCAGCAGAAAUCGGCGUUUAUGUUGCGUAUCAGAGGGGGUCCCUCACUGGGGUUCUUCCCUUCCUCAAGAGGGUACCCGUGAGUGUUGGUUCUACCUCCUGACACCAAGUGCCUCCAUUUUCAGAGCCUGUUUUCCCAUGAGACUUAUUUUUUAAUAAUGGACUAACUGUAUUUUAUGAAUAAAUUAUUGACCAAGUUCUAAA